UGCAAAAUGUCGAUCGAAAAUCGCACGUCUGCGAUCUGUAUUCGCACCACAUCGAAAUUUCGACAACCCUUUCGGCAAUGAAUGAAAAAAAAUCUCGUGUAUUCGACAAAAGGUAUGAAAAAUUUGUAAAAAUCUAAGAUGAGUCGACUCGAUCCGGAAGAAGUCUGCUGCGGUUUCACCGAGAAUCCAAAAACUGCGAAGCCAAAAUCCCUCAAAGAAGAUCACGCCGCUAAGAAAUCUACCUCGGAUAAAAUUUCGCAACGCAAUCGGAUAGAGCAGCUAAAAAUUCAGAUGGCUCGACUAGCCCACGAUAUCUCGGAAAUAAAAAAUCAGCACAGUCGCUCCUCUGCCUUGAUUCAAGAGGUCGUAGAACGCGGGAUGCGUAGCCUAGGGGAUCGUUUUAUCGUCGACUGUUCGGCCGAUGAAAAUCUGGGCAGAUCCUCCGGAACGUCCUGUUGCUCGGAAUCCUCCAACGGCAACUCCUCCGAAGCGGCUGAAAAAAAGCAAAAGUCUAAAAAAGCCUGUUCGGAAUUCACACUCGGUUGAAUCAGACUCGUAUCAAUUCGCCGGAUCGAGAUACGAACGGCAAAAAGGUCCAGAAUAUUUUUGAGCGAUUUAAAAACACUCGCGGAUAGAAUAAUUUUUGGAAUUCAUAAAAUUUUAAUUAAAUUUGUUCGAGUGCCGUCGGGCAUCGUUCGAAAAUUGAACGUAAAUAUAUCCACGUUAUGUUUGCCUUUAGCGCAAUGUAGAGAGAUUUUUUAAACAGUUUGGAGCGCGGGUAUAUUAUACACCGCAUUUCGUAGGUACGUACGCGGCGAUGUUGGUAUCCGCGGUACACACACGAUAUUCAAAUAAUAUCGGCUACGUUUGACAGGUGGUAAUAUAGGUAAUCACAUAUUCGGACAUCUACAGAUAUGUGUAUGUAUAUACGUACGUACGUAUAAAUAGACAGAGAUCGCCCCCGGCGCGAACGAUGCGAUAUAUACAACAGAGGCGACUCGGUGCCGCCGUUGGUAUAUUUUCGAUAGCGUUUUAAUUAAUAAAUAACACACCUAGACCAGCAGCAGCAGCAGCAGGUGAACGUCGAAGUGAAAUUAAAUUCCACGCGGCCAGAUACGCGUGUGAUAUACUCUAGUUUGACCCUCGUGUCCCGCGGUACGGGGCCCCGUACGUUUCCAACGCUUUUUGAUCAACGCGCGUUUACAUGAGUCAAACGAGAGUUCAAUCGACUUUAAAGCAAUCACAAAUAUAGCCUAUGACAAGUGACGGACACCAGAUUCACAUUUCACCUAUCUACGUCAUACGACGUCGUCGCGAUGGAUUUUUUUAACGCUACGGUUCGUAUCGGCCGAUAUACCGUUGCUAACGAAGAAAUUAAUACAGGCGGUAGGGAACGAAUUGAACUCUGAUCGAAAGUUCUCUGAAAAGAUGAAAAUUAGGGAGUGGGGAAAAAUUGGUUCCUCCGGCAGAUAGAAAUUAUCGAUUAUAUCCGGUUCUUACAGCCAUCUCGGGGCACAUACGGUCGAAGGCUGGUUAAACAAUAAGCGACGCGGGUGAACCCUAAUGAUCUAUUAUCAUAAUUCAAUAUCGAAACUCAUUCUCGAUAAUCAGCCAUAAUGAAAAGGAGUAGUAGUCAGACGCAUGCACGUGUAGAUAUAUAUAUAUAUAUAUACGUAUACCGGGCUGUCAGAAUCGAAGCCGCCGUAGAGAGUGACUGGUAGAUCUAAUCAGCCGGUAGCCAGUUUCGUACCCCGAUCGCAUAGAACGUUGCGCACAGUGCAUCGCAGCAUGAACUGCAACUAUGUAUAUAUGUACCUACCUAUGUAUACCCAUACCUACGUAUACUAGGGCGUACGUUUCGUACGUACUCCCAGUUUCUACCUUCAACCCUUAGGAUAUCCUCGUUACUCCGGUGAUCAUGAUGAUGAUGAUGACGACGAUGAUGAUGAUGAUGACGAUGACGACGACGACGAUGACGAUGGAGCCAUAAAGUUACGGGGUCCAUGAUAUGACGGUAUAUAGGUAUAGGCCUGAUUCUGAACACUGGAGCCUAGUUCAUUAGCCCGCAACUAUUCUCUUCAGGUAGAAACGAAGCUCGGUAUAUAAUUAUCUACUUUAUAUACAUAUUUCAUCCGUGUGGUGUACAAGGCGAAAUUCACCGAACCCUCCGCUUCCGGGAGUCCGCCAAUUAUGCAACACCGAGGAAUAAUGUAAUCGAUUACAUAUAAUAUUAUUCAAAACAGAAAACGAAAGGAAAUGAAUAAAAAAAAAAAAAAAAAAAAAAUGCCCAGUUUCUUCGAUGAGAAAAAUUUUAAUGAAAUCAUAAUGAAUGUCACGAUCGCAUCGACGUAUAGUAAUCCGCUCGGAAUAUAUCGAUUUAAUUAUAAAAUCCCCCCAAAAAAAACGUGGUUGAAUAAAUGACUGAUGAAUGUCACCCUCGCGUUACGGUAUACGUAACCAACGCACCUCUAAAGGAGCUGAUUUUUUUCCUUCUUAUUUUUUCUUCACACUUUUAUUAUCCAGGACGAAAUCCUUCAUGCGCGUGAGGUUCCUCUCGUUUUUUUUUUUUUUUGAAGAUUAUUCGUACCGAGCCCGCUGCCCUGGAUUGUUGUUAUCGUUAUUAUUUAUGAUUGUUGUUAUUAUUCUCCUUGUUAACACCUCCGUUCAAAAUGGCGACGAAGGAAAUUCCUCAGCGUACCACACCGUACCGCGGGUCCUUUUUUUCUCUCGUUUACCCGAGUUGGAUUUAUAUUACGUUGAAGAACCGAAAAAUGGUGAUAUUAUUCGUAUUAUUAGUUGAAAUACCAGUGGAAGCCAGUUAUCGUCGUUACACUAUUCGUAGGAAGUGUAUAGCGCAUAUAGAAAACCGUAUGACAUGGUAUGGGGUAAAAAGAGGGGAAUGCGGGUAAAAGUUAAGUGACUUUUGGUCUUAUUUUUUA